GCUCAGCUCGUUUCAUUUCACAACUUGGCUGUGUUGCCUUCCGUUGCGGAGUAAAUUUGGUCCAACCCGGGAAAAAUAAGAAGAACGCUUUUUGUUUUAAAUCAAGACAGUGCAAAGUGAAAGAGUCAACAUGGGCAAAGUCCAGGGCGGAAUGAAGUGUGUCAAAUAUCUUCUGUUCAUAUUCAACUUUAUUUUCUGGCUGGUGGGUUCGCUGGUGCUGGCCGUGGGACUGUGGCUCCGAUUCGACCCGGCCAUCGUGUCCCUCCUCAACGAGGAAGGAGCUCCUGAUACGUUUUUCAUGGGUGUGUACAUCCUGAUCGGCGCGGGGGGGCUGAUGAUGCUGGUGGGGUUCUUCGGCUGCUGCGGGGCCGUGCGGGAGUCCCAGUGCCUUCUGGGAUCGUUUUUUGCCUGCCUUGUGAUUAUCUUUGGUGCUGAGAUUGCAGCGGGUGUGUUUGGAUUCCUAAACAAAGAUAAGAUCAUAGAAGAGGUACAACAGUUCUACAAGCAGUCCAUCGAAGACAAGACCAACAGCACCGUAGCGUUAGCCUACGAGGAAGUUCUGAACUGCUGUGGGGUGAGCACGCCAGACCCCGUCCUCUGCCCCGGAGACACAAAGGAUUGUAACACAGCGAUAUCGGAGUUCUUCAACGACAAGCUCUACAUCAUUGGAUAUGUGGGGAUUGGCAUUGCAGGAGCAAUGAUCAUCGGCAUGAUCUUCAGUAUGGUGCUUUGCUGUGCGAUAAGGAACAGCAGAGACGUCAUCUAGACACCUUAAAGCCCUCUGACUCCCCCAUUUCACCCACCCUCAUCCUCACCCUCUUCCUCAUCCUCAUCCUCUUCCUCUUCCCUCCCUGACAGCCUGAUCUGGGCCUUUGUGGACUCCGUAGCCAUAGUAACAGUACUGUUCUUCCCUGGCUGGCAGCUCAACAGGCCCGCUGUCUCACCCCUAUGUACGGCACACACACCGCUACACCGAGCCACGGGUUUGAGUUUUCUGAUGUCAUUGUGAAACACCAUUACCCACAAUUCCCUGAAUCUCUGGUCUGGGUGGCUGUUUUUACACACAAAGGUGAGACGGCUUUA